CUCGCGGGCCGGCGUGUCCCGGGCGACCGUCGGGUGCCGGAGGCGUCCCCGCGAGUCCCCGCGCGGCCGCGCUCCCGUGUUGCCCGCAGCGGCUGGGGCCCCGGGACGUGCGGGGCUGCGAGGCCGAGUCGGGGCGCCCCCACGCGGCGGGCGCGGGCCCAUGGUUAGGCCGGGCAGAGCGGCACCGGCGAGGUGAAGACCCCGGGCCAGCGGCGGGAGCGUGCGGCGGGGCGCCGGCUCCAUGGGCAGCGGUGCACAGCGGCACGAUGAUGGACGUUAACAGCAGCAGCCGCCCGGACCUUUACGGGCACCUCCGCUCUUUUCUCCUGCCAGAGGUGGGGCGCGGGCUCCCGGACCUGAGCCCCGACGGCGCCGGCCAGGUCGCGGGCUCCUGGCCGCCGCACCUGCUGCGCGGGGUCCCCGAGGUGACGGCCAGCCCCGUGCCCACCUGGGACGCGACCCCGGUCAAUAACUCCAGCUGCUGGGAGCAGAUCAACUACGGCAGAGCCGAGAAAGUUGUGAUCGGCUCCAUCCUGACGCUCAUCACGCUGCUGACGAUCGCCGGCAACUGCCUGGUGGUGAUCUCGGUGUGCUUCGUCAAGAAGCUCCGCCAGCCCUCCAACUACCUGAUCGUGUCCCUGGCGCUGGCCGACCUGUCGGUGGCUGUGGCGGUCAUGCCCUUCGUCAGCGUCACCGACCUCAUCGGGGGCAAGUGGAUCUUUGGCCACUUCUUCUGCAACGUCUUCAUCGCCAUGGACGUAAUGUGCUGCACGGCCUCAAUCAUGACCCUGUGCGUGAUCAGCAUCGACAGGUACCUUGGGAUCACAAGGCCACUAACCUACCCCGUGAGGCAGAAUGGGAAAUGCAUGGCGAAAAUGAUUCUGUCCGUCUGGCUUCUUUCCGCCUCCAUCACUUUACCCCCACUUUUUGGAUGGGCUCAGAAUGUAAAUGAUGACAAGGUGUGCUUGAUCAGCCAGGAUUUUGGCUACACGAUUUACUCCACCGCAGUGGCAUUUUAUAUCCCCAUGUCCGUCAUGCUUUUCAUGUACUACCAGAUUUACAAGGCUGCCAGGAAGAGCGCUGCCAAACACAAGUUCCCUGGAUUCCCCCGCCUGGAGGAGCCAGACAGCGUCCUCUCCCUGAACGGUAUGGUGAGGCUCCAGAAGGAGGUGGAGGAGUGUGCAAACCUUUCGAGACUCCUUAAACACGAAAGGAAAAACAUCUCCAUCUUUAAGCGGGAGCAGAAAGCAGCCACCACCUUGGGGAUCAUAGUUGGGGCCUUCACCGUGUGCUGGUUGCCGUUUUUCCUCCUCUCGACAGCCAGACCCUUCAUCUGCGGCACUGCCUGCAGCUGUAUCCCGCUGUGGGUGGAGAGGCCAUUUCUGUGGCUGGGCUAUGCAAACUCUCUCAUUAACCCUUUUAUAUAUGCCUUCUUCAACCGGGACCUGAGGACCACCUAUCGCAGCCUGCUCCAGUGCCAGUACCGGAAUAUCAACCGGAAGCUCUCAGCUGCAGGCAUGCACGAGGCCCUGAAGCUGGCUGAGAGACCCGAGAGACCCGAGUUUGUGCUGUAAGGCAAAACUCUGACUACUGUAGAAAAAAAAGUCAUGAUUCAUGAUCGAAAGUGGAUUAAUGGAGAUGAAAUAAACAAGGCAAGAUAGAGGUGGAAACAACGAAAUCAUUUGCUGAGACUGCAGAAUGGAAUGCAGCUUCUGUCCUUUCUUGAUGACUUAAACAUGACAAGCAGGGUGAUCUGUUGUACAAAGUAUAUUAUGAGGGAGAUGGUGACCUCUCCUUUUUUCCUGUGGCUCAGUGCUGUUGUGUGCAAAUGCACGCAGUUCUCCGUGUAGGACAGCCAGAUCAGCUCCACAGUAAGUGCAAGAACAGAACUGAGUUCCAGAAAGGAAACAGUUUCCGGUGCUUAUGUCCACAUCCAUGCAAGUGGAAGAAAGUUUCAUUGCACACUUCCUGUGCUUCCAAGUCUAGGCAUUGUGGUGAAUAUUCAGGAAUCAUUCAUGAGACAGAAUGUAUUUUACUGUAGGAACAGAAGAGUGUUUUUCUAAGCAAACUGCAGUAAGCAUAGUGUUGAAUAUGUUGCAUGUCCAUGUUAGAAAACAGAAUCCUGUCAUCAGCUAAUACAAAUGAUCUCCCAGAGCAGUGUCUGUUUAAAGCGUCUGUCAAAUAGUUCAGCUUUUUGCAGGGUCCCUGUGACUUCCCUACCAACGUACUUCCUUUGUUAAUGUACUCACUGUUAUGGCAUAUCUCAGGAACAGAUCUCAGGAUGGAGAGAAUCAUAAAACCUGACUGCAGCUUUCUCUUGCACUCACUUCUUCUGAGGGGUCCUGCAAGGUGACCGGACUCCUUCUGUGAGGAUUUUUACCUGGAUGAAGAGCGAGUGCCCCCUAAAUGUACUGUAUGUUACCAUGGUUUUUGGCACAGAACUUUUGACUAUUGUUCACACACAGGUGCAGUGGGCUCACGGGCUGGUCCAUAACUAUGUGUUUUUCUGGAAGGAUGGGAAUAAAGGGGUUUCCCUAAAAACCUGUGAUGCUUCUGGGAUGGAACAUCAACGUGUUAGCUCUCAUUGCACAGCACUGUAUUAAACCAAAUUGUGUGAAUAAGAGGUCACCUGGGCCACUGCUGAAAAUGCUCCAGAGCACCAGUUGUUUCUUUCAGAGGGUUUAUUUUUGUGUUCUCUGUGUCUUAAAUCAAAUGUGUGCCUGGCCGAUUCUGUUCUCCCCUCUCUCGCUUUCCAAAGUGGUAGACAUUAAGGGCAGGCAAGGAAACAGAAAAGUCCCUUUGUGGGCAGUAUUUUUUUUUGAUGGUUCUGUCUAAUACUUAUGAACUAAGGAGACAGAGAGACAGAAGAGUACCUCUAAAGGGAAAAAAUGAAUGCAAACCUUCAUCUGAUAAAAGAAAACUGAAAAAGAAUAUUAUUUUCCUACAAUAAAUGUAGCUAUUCUCUCACAAGGCAAUGUGGAAUUCCAAUGUGGAUUGUGGAUUUCUUCCAGCUUUCACUGACAUAGUUCUUACCACACACCGGGAAGGGUCUUACCUUUCCUGGAAGGGGAGGUGGGCACGUCCUUUCAGACAAAAGUUGUACAAAUUCCUGAACCGCAGAUUUGCUAAAGUGACUGUACAUAUUUACAUUCAUAAUUUAAAUGGUUAAUUCUGGUCAGAUAAAUGUUGUUAAAAUUGAAAAUGUUUUAUUACAUUAUAUCAAAUAAAGUUUAUU